GACCGUUGCUCGUGUGUGACGUAUGUUGCUCAUGCAGCUGAAUUCCGCGUUAAAGUUUACACUUGAGGAUUUGAAAAUGAGAUAAAGAAAAGUUUUCAAAAGUGUAUCUAGUGCCAUAACGUGGAUGUUUGAUGACUUCAAAACAACUGUGCCAGUUUUAGUGUAGUAGUAUCAUUACAAUUGUGUUAAGAAUGUUCAACAGUUGAGUCAAGCAUUAAUUGUAAAAUUUUGUGUUGCAAAAUGGGAGUGUAGAAUAUUUUGUUUGACAGUGUGAAUAGUAGAAAGUUUUCGCAGCGCCGCCAUGGGGACAAACUGGUUGCUUUCUCCGUUUACUUUGGUGCUGCUGAUUUGUACAGUACAAUGCGAAGACAAUUCGCCGGGGCGGCCAGCAGAGCUGCAUGAUGCAAGGGAAGGAGACGACGUGACUCUGCUCUGCCGGUUCGACCCAGUGGCCCAACUGCCUAACAUCACCUACUAUUGGGUUCGCACCACGGAGAGCGAGGUCGAGAAUGUAGCCUUCGGAGAACUCACGCUACAGAGCGCCUAUAGAAUCACGUACGCACCGAAUGACGGGCACUUCGACCUGUUAAUCACAGAUGUGUCUUACGAGCGUGACAAUGGGAAGUUCGAGUGUCGAGUACGACAGGGCGGCACUGGGAAGUUGUUCCACACACAGGCGCACAAAUUGGUCGUGCUCACGCAACCCGGAGCGCCAUCGAUCACCCCAGGACAUCAAGUCCAGGCCCAGGAGGAGCGAGAGCUCAAACUGUCCUGUUCCACAUCCGGUGGUUCACCAGAACCGUCAAUCAAGUGGUAUCGCGAGGGCUCAGCCUAUCCUCUGGACGCGGAGGUGAUCCACGGGAAGACACGAGAGGUGGCUUCCGUAGCCACGCUGUCGUUCACUCCGACAAGAGAGGAUGAUGGCGCCACCUUCCGUUGCGUAGUAUGGAACCGCGCUAUGCCUGAGGGACAGCAGCUGGAUGCCAUCGUUGAUGUUUCUGUUAAUUAUUUUCCUCGCGUUGAAGUCGGUCCCGAUAAUCCACUCCGGGUGGAGCUCGAUGGAACAGCUGUAAUGGAGUGCAAAGUUGACGCAAAACCACAAGUUAACAGUGUGAGAUGGACCAGAAAUGGCAAAUACAUCUCCAACUCUUUCACUCACACUAUCCCCGGUGUUACUGUACAAGAUGCGGGCAAGUACACAUGCUCAGCCGAUAACGGCCUCGGCCGACCCGGAGAAAAAGAAGUCUAUUUGGACGUACUCUUCCCACCUACUGUAACAGUUGAAUCAAAAACCUAUGAAGCAGAAGAAGGUGGCACCGUUGAAAUUCGCUGUGAGGUCUCUGCUAAUCCAGAACCCAUUUCCAUAGAGUGGACAAUGGAAGGACAAGCUGACUUCCAUCAAAAAGGAAAUACGUUGGUGUUGAGAAGAGUAAACGCAGAUAUGGCGGGGACAUACGUUUGUAGAGCGGCUAAUGUUAUAUCAUUGAGUAGUGGGAAAAGUGUGGAGAGAGCUAGCAGCGCAUCGGUGGCAGUGCUGGUGAGGCACAAACCCGGCCGCGCGCGCAUCAGCCCAGACCGGCCCGUAGCACAAGAGGGCACCGCUGUCACUCUCACCUGCAGCGCUAAACCGCCGGGCUGGCCCGCGCCGCAAUACCGCUGGUUCCGUGACAACGGUAUUGCAGACCCGAAACCUGCUGUCCUUGCCACUGGAAAUCAGUAUACGAUUCCCAGCGCUCACUUGGGCAGUGAAGGUGUUUAUCGCUGUCAAGCAACAAACGAACUCGGACAUGGUGAUCUCGCUUCUGUUACUCUUGAAGUCCACCAACCACCUCACUUCCAGUCUAAACUACCCCUUCACGUUACAAAACGUUCCAGGGAGGAAGACUUUUCCGUUUCAUGUAGUGCGGUCGGUAAACCUCGACCCAACGUCAAAUGGUACAAAGACAAUGCCGAAAUAAAACCCGACGCCAAUUUAUACGAAGUAAAAACUGAUUACCGUGAAUCUAGCAAUUCCGUGUACAAUGUGCAAUCAACUCUCAAAUUCAAUGGAAAAGCGAGACCGAACACAAAUGAUUUAAUACCUGAGGAUAGAGGAUCCUAUAUGUGUACUUUUGAAAACGAAGUUAAGAAAGUUGAAUCUUCGAUGACUUUGCGAAUAGAACAUCCACCAAUACCAAUAAAACAACAGAGCAAAGUAGCGUAUGAUUUAAUGGAGUCCGCUGAGAUUUCAUGUCGAGUGUUAGCCUACCCUAAACCAGAGUUCCAGUGGCUGCUAGGUUCUAGCACUUCCUCUCUUCAAAUGUCUUCAGAUGGGCACUAUGACAUAAACACGACUUCGAAUAAUAAUGACUCCUAUCUCAGUGUGUUAAGGAUAAAGAACGUUAGUCCGAGCGACUACGGGGAUUACUACUGUAAAGUGACGAAUGCUUUGGGAAGUAUAAAGCCACAGAUUAGGUUGCAGCCGAAAGGUUCUCCUGAAUCUCCGAAGUCACUUGCAGUGCAGAAAGUGGGUCCUUCCUACAUUACUUUGAAAUGGGAGAAUGGAUUUAACGGUGGAUUGUCAAAUACGAAAUAUUUUGUGCUGUACCGCCGUGUGUCUGGGAGAGGUGCAGCAAGCGGGGGUGAACGAUGCGAAGCAGAGCGCACUGGUAACAACGACUGGAUGGAGUACGAUUGCGGACGAAUUAAUCCAUGCAACGUCACACGGCUCGAGCAACAUAGCUCGUACACUUUCAAAGUGAAGGCAGUAAAUACGAAAGGGCAGAGCAACUAUUCCAAUGAGAUCGCGGUGACAACAAAAGUCGACGAUAUUCCGCCGCCAGAACAAGUGACGUACGACCCUGCUUCGCGAGUCGUUGUAUUCUCAGCUGGACCCACUUGCUUAUCCUUGGUGGGAGUUGCUGAGGGUUUGGGCGCCGUCGGAGGGUGGCAGGUGGUGGACACGAUUCCUCUCCAGCUAUCAGGAUCCUCGUCGACGAUACAAGAGGCGGUUCUCGAACCGCCAGUCAAGCCGAGCAGGUCCACAGCCCGUCAUUUCGCCGAACCCCUCGAUGAUCUCAAUCCACGCUUGCGACUCAAACUCUGCCUUCAACCUAACCAGGAUAUCUGCAGUAACUACACAGAGGCUGAUAUUGGUACCUCGUACACGAAGGACGCCGCUGCUUUGACGACGGCUACUUUGAUCGCGAUCGUGGUUUCCUGUCUUGUGUUCUUGUUGUUCCUGAGCCUUUUGUUCAUCUUCUGUCGAUGCAAACGGAACGAGAAUACGAAGGAAACAUCUAAAGAUUACGAGAUGGACUCUAUGCGACCUCCAAUAUCACCACAGAAUCAGGCACCACCACCUUAUUAUCCCAGUACAGGGAUGGAGAAUAAGGCCCUAGAGCACUCAAUGGAUCUAGCACUUGAAGACUCGAAGAAUGCCGUGUAUGCGACGCAAGGAGGCUAUGGGUACCAUGUUGCGCCACACGCGCAAGGCCAUCCCGCACAAAACAUGCCUAAUUCAGAAUGGGUAAACAUGGGAUAUAUAGAAAACAGCUAUACGAAUAGUAACAACGGGGGAAGCGUCAACUCACAGGAUUCGUUGUGGCAAAUGAAAAUGGCUGCGGCAAAUAAUGCAGCGGGCAUACCGGCUCACCAGAUCAUGGAUCGUCAGAGUAAUUAUGGUUACGACCCUAUUACGCACGGCGGUUAUGGUACCAUAGACGACUACGCACCGUACCCGCAUUUGGCACACGCCGGGCAGCCUCCCGCGUCUGCCGAUUAUAAUAUGCGCGGCAGCCAAAACCCCUCCAGGCAAGAAUACUGCUCCGACCCCUACGCCUCCGUCCACAAGCCCAAGAAACGCAUGGAUCAACACAUUGAAUCACCAUACCAUGAAGUGAGCGGGCUUCCGGAGGCGUACGGAGGAGGCAGUGAGGAAGUGGGCGGGGAGGAGAAGCCUCCGCAUCUUUCCCUGAGUUACGACGAAUCUCUCGAGUCGGGUUAUUCCACUCCUAACUCCCGCGCACGUCGUGUUAUCAGAGAAAUCAUCGUGUAAGAAGAACAUCGUAAGUCAUACGGCGGCGCCGCAGUACUUUCCAAAGUAAGUUUUUUAUAUAGAAACGAAUAUUUGUCGAACAUUUUAAAUUUGACUGCUGAGAGAAGCGCUCGCAUUAAAAUUAUUUUAAUGCUACAUAUGAUAUGUACUUUACCGACAAAAUUUUAUCAAAAGUAAUUAUACACGCAGAACAGACAGAGGUUAGCCAAACAAAACAUGAAACAUUCUAAACGUCAAGCACUGAAACGUCGAAUACGCGAUAGUGUUUUUAAUUGCUUUUUUCUAACUAAGCAGACGUGUAAAGGACAGUGAAUUAAGACAAUACAUAUUUGCUAAAGUCAUUACACUUAUUUAAUAACAUAUAAACACCAGGGAAGUGUGAAUCGACGGCCUUAGACCGACGGAGUAGCAGUACUGUCUCUUAACACUAAAAAUUGCGGUUUCGUAUCCAAAUCCAGCAUUUAUUUUGUGUGAGAAAAAUCACAUACAGGCUAAAAAUUACCAAAUAAAAUUAUAGGGAAUUUUAACUUUAUAAUAAAUCGAUCGAACAAAUAGAUGUCUAUUUGCCAAGUUUUAUUGAAACCAGUUAUCGGAAAGUGCACAAAACGGGAGUCAUCCCCUAGUUUGCCACCCUAAGAGGAGGAAUAUGUUCUUCAAAUUUAAAUGGGACCAAAAUACUGAGGUACCCUCUUUCCAACAAAAAAAAGAAUCAUCAAAAUCGGUUCACAAAUCGUAACCGUAAUCGCGAGUGAUAACCGUAACGAGUAAUCGCGUA